AUGCCGAGAUUGAGUCGAGCUGAGUACGAGGAAGAUGAGGUGCCCACCUCUGACUUGAGUCACGCACUCGGCAUCCCAGAUACUGGUACUUUUGACUUUGAUCUCAGAGCUGUUACUAGUUCAGUACGCUCAGGGGCUGCUGACGACCCAUAUCCUGCUAUGGCCCGUCCUCGAAUUCAUCGCUCGCAUCGUAAGAGCGGUGGUGGAAGUGGUAGUGCCGGCAGUAGCGGUGGUAGCAGUACUGGAGCUGCCACUACAGCUGGUACCGGAUCUGGCACCGGAUCUGCUGGAAGUCAUGCCAAUGGUGAAUUUAGUGGACCAAAUACAGGACACAGUGAAGUUGGAAAGAAAUCCACAAGCUCAGAACCAGUAGCUGUAGUUAGCAAUGGUCCUAUUGACUCUACAACUGGUUCAGAAAGUGUUCCUAGUGUCAAUGGCUCGGGUACUACUGGUAUUGGUCCUGGUCUUCAUAGCACUGGGACUCCUGCUAGUUCUACUGGCUCUGUUAACCAUGUGAAUACUACGGGUGUUGCUAAUAGCAAUAAAGAUGUUUAUGGUGAAAGCCGUCACCCACCUGUUGGGUCCAGACUUCGUAGCACAAGUGGAAGUGCAGCUCUUGGCGGUUCUGGUGGUACCAGUCCUGGAUCAACUAGUAACAACAGCAACGGUUGGCCAACAAUGGCUACAGCACAUUUGCCAUCAUCUCCGUAUCUGUAUUCUAAUACGACUGCUGUGAGUGGAAACUCUCCAAUUCUACAUAGCAGUGCCAGUUACAACAAUAUUCAUUACUAUGCCAAAGCUCACGCCAAUGGUAGUUCAAAUGCAGACUCGUCAUUUUUGUCUGGUGGAGAUAGCCCAGUUUCGUACCAUACAGCCCAUUCAAAUGCUAAUAGCUCACCAUUGGUUGGCAGUGGAGGUCAUCAUCAGUCUGACCCAGGCAACUUUUCGUCUCCAAUGCCAUAUCCACAACGUCAAAGUAGCCAUGGCUGGAAAAACGGGUCUGUAAACGUAUAUCCUAAUUCUUCUAUGGUAAACAACUUAGCUGUAUACCCAUCAGCAAGACAGCCUAAUCUGCCAUAUACCCCCCGAUCAGUGUCAGCUGGUAACCAGCCAGUAAAUACAAACACUUCACCAGAUGUUACGGCUUCACCGAGUUCGAAUUAUAUCUCUGCCAGUGGUGGUUUUGAGUCCAGUCCUGGAUUUCCUAUGAGUUCACCUCCAGUUGGAAGUGGCAGCGGGUUUGGCACUGGGGGCAAUACUGGUGCCGGCUCGACACUUAGUGGGCAUCCUGGCUCGAGAAUCAUGUCUUCAGCAAACUCUUCUCCUCUAAUGUCGACUCCACUGAAGUAUACACGAUAUCAAGGUGCUCCAUCGCCUAUUACGACAUAUUCUCCAACACCUGCUGCUCCAUUAACUACAUAUACCGACGUCACCAGCCAUAGCAAUGUUGGUAGCAUAGGGUCUGGUAGUUCUACGAGUGCGCUACCCAACUAUUUGCCAUCACAUGCCAGCAGGCUGGAAACUGGUAGUAUCAGCACGAUAGGGUCUGUUUCUAACGAGAUACCUGUUCAGACACCUCCAGCUACGAAAGUUCGAUCACAGUCAAUAGUAGUUAGUCCAGCCGCUGUGUCAUGGAGAGCAAACGAGCCCAGUGACUGGACCAACGAAAGAGUUUGUCAAUGGUUAGAGGCCAAUAAAUUUGGCCCUGACUGGAUAAGCACGUUUCGCACGCGUAAUAUCCAGGGAGCCCAGUUCCUUUCCCUUGUAAAUUAUCAGAAACUAAAAGAACUCGGACCUUUUUCGACGAGAAACGAAGAAUACGACACCAGCCCAUCGCGGUUUAUUCAUAACCUGCGAAAACUAUUGGACAAGUCAGCAUCCACCAACUCGACAACUUCUAACGACAGUAACCCUAACAAUAUUACUAACUUUAACGAAAAUAAUGUUUACACGAAUAAUACCCUGAUACCCCCAACGGAACUGUCGCCACGAACUGGACGACCAUCAUCAGUGACAGAAUUUCCACGAAUCUCGAACUCACUGGACGAGCCACGACCUGUGCUUGCAGCUGAAGACACUCUAACGACCUCUCCAUUAGAAAGAAUCAUCUCGAACCCUAUCGACCAGAAAGCCUCGUACGAGACAGUACAGCCACGCCCAAGAAUGUCCCAGCCAAAGCAGCGACCGAUGUCCACCUUCGAAAGUGGGUCCAAAACUACAUUCCAAGGAGUAAGUAUUCCGCAGUUGGGACCGCCGACGCCCUACUCGAGCGGAGUGAGAGGAGCAGUGGGGUCUGGGGCGGAGCCCCAGCCGCCGGAGGCAGAGCCACGAACGUACUAA